UACUGAAUGCUAAAUAAUAAAAAUUCUGAUAAUCUGACACGGUGCCGAAUUAUCAGAAAUACUGGACUAUUGAAAUUGGGACUCAGUCCGGACUACCAGGUGAUCUUCUAUAAUAAUCUAGGUGAACUUCCCAGAUUUCCGGAUUAACAGGUGCCGGAUCAAUGGAGUUUUCCUGUGUAUGUUAAUCUUUUUUUUAAUGUUUUAUGAGCUUUUAUGUUGCUUGUUUGCAGUCGCUGUGUGACAUCUCUUGCACAGUUUGUGUCUGCACUUAUCCCCCGUUGGCUCUGCUUCACAACUCUGCUACAUCUUGCGCCAGUCAUUUCUCAAACCUUCAUCAACCAAUGAGAGGGAGACUUCAGGAGGAGGUGACCUUGUUGCACUGGGGUCUCAGACAGACGGGGCCCCCCGGGGAGCAGUGGCACAGUUAUAUAUGGCCGGGAUGAGAGUGCUCGUCCUCUCUGACCCCCCUCCACACCUCCUUGAUUGUCUCUUGUGUCUUUUACAUCUCCCUCUAAGAAUCAUGUGGAUCGAUUUUGCCCCUUUAAAUGUCCCCCUGGACAGGAGGCUGCAGACGGCGGCGGUGCUGCAGUGGACCUUCUCCUUCCUGGCCCUCGUGCUCCCUGGUUCUCUACAUCCUCCUGGUUUGCUCUCAGUACUGGGCCCUGGCCGUCCUCUACUCUGCAUGGCUGUAUAUAGACUGGGACACCCCAUCCACUGGUGGCCGGCGGUCGGAGUGGGUGCGGAGCUUGACCGUAUGGAAGUAUUUUGCCAAUUACUUUCCUAUAAAACUGGUCCGGACCGCUCCUCUCAGCCCCCAUCUAAAUUAUAUUUUUGGAUUUCACCCUCACGGGAUUCUUGCAAUUGGAGCAUUUGGAAAUUUUUGCACUGAAGGAACGGGAUUUUCAAGCCUCUUCCCAAGCCUUAAUCCACAUCUCCUAAUGCUGCCAGGCUGGUUCCGGGUCCCAUUCUUUCGAGAAUUGCUCAUGCGUUUGUGUCUUGUAUCAUCUGACAAAAGAAGUGCCUCCUACCUGCUCUCUAAGAAGAAUGCAGGGCAAGCUCUGGUCAUAGCAGUUGGAGGUCCUCCUGAAGCUCUAGAUGCAAAACCUGGAGAAAUGACCCUUCAAAUCCUAAAGAGAAUUGGCUUCAUUAAACUUGCUUUGACCCAUGGGGCCCAUCUGGUUCCGGUUUUAUCAUUUGGGGAGAACAAUCUCUAUUAUCAGGUCAAUAAUCCACCUGGGUCCCUGCUUCGAAACACCCAAGAGAAGCUGCAAAGAUUUAUAGGACUAGCAUUACCCCUGUUCCAUGGGCGAGGAGUGUUCCAGUAUAGCUUGGGGCUACUUCCACAUAGAAGACCAGUGUAUACAGUAGUGGGGACUCCCAUCCCAGUUGUAAAAAACCCAUCUCCUUCUCCUGAGGACAUCAUAGCCCUCCACACUCUCUAUGUAGAAAAGCUGAAGGAUCUAUUUGAGACCCACAAGGUGAAGUAUGGAAUUGAAAAAGAAUGUCAACUCGUUCUCUGCUGAAGUGGCUACCAAGAUUUACGAGAUGAUGUAUAUAUAUUCUUCAUUGUGUCUGCUCUACUCUUGAGUCUAUGGAGUGGAGAUCUUUGGAGAGUUCUUGGAGUAUCUUCAUUCCUUUAAUUUGCUGUUGGAGAAGACCUUAUGGACCAUCUGUAGCAAGAUAUAUUGUCAGAUAUGCUUUAUAUCAUAGUAGCUUCAGCUGAUAUUAGUAACUUUCUGUGAACUACUGUUGAACAACAUCUAGAUCGAUGAUCUUACUAUACACUCUCGAAAGCACUGAUGAACUGUUGCUUUGGCCAAACAUAUACAUUCAACAGUGUAGGGGUGUUAAGUGGACAUCUCUGAAACCUAAGGGAGGACUUUAUGUGACCUGGGCCUCUAGAGGUCAAUGUCAUGGGCUCCUUACCAUGAUACAGUGACCCAUGGGCCAUUAUGUCCAUGAAAUAGAUCCAUGUGAGGAGCCCUUAUCACUUUUAUCUUUUUCUUGAAGGCCUUACACUUAAGUUUUGUGGAGUGGUCUAACAGACCAAAGGGUUGUGAUGCCCUUCUGGUCACAGGCCGUUGGGUACUGCUCUAAUGCUCAUCUCUGCUGGUUCAAUAGCAUCUACCAGGGAAAUUGAUUAAACCUGCCCAGGAAUCUUGCUAUAACCAAUGUAGAGGUAGCAGUGGCACUCAAACUCUGGUCUCUAGAGGGGUCCAAAAGGGCGCCUCUGCCACUGAAGACUGAGAUAUAAAUUACACAUGGUGGUGGGGUAGGCCAAAGUACAUGAAGUUAUGCCUUUGAACUUGCCAAACAACUGGCCCUUCAAAAACAUCAUCACCAAUAGGUGUAAGUCCUUCUUGGAGAUCUUGGAAAAACUGAGAUUUGCCCAGUUGUUUUUAUUGGGAACGGACCAUUAUUUGGUGCAUAUGCAGAUAGGCCAGAUUAUUGUUUUGCAA